UGCUUUUAUUAGGUGGGCGAAUAAGUCAAUACGUUUAUUUCGCCGACGUAAACUCGUUGUUGAUCUCGUUGGAAAAAAGGAAGAAUUUACCACAACAUCUUCCGGAUUGCAUCAAAUGAGGUUAAAAGCAAGCGAUUGCAUACAGCAACAAGAAUUAGCAGAAGACCAAGGAAGGUGUAAAACAGAAAAACAACUGCUACAACGAAAGAAACUCCAAGUACGAUAAACAAGCUUGCGGCGGCCAUAACAUCAUGGGAAAUGACAUUUCAAAUUUACGUGUCCCUAUCACGGUUAAAAACAAAACAACAAAGGCGAUUCCUGCGAAAGGUCCAUGUGAGUUUGAAAUUCCCAAGCGCUACGACCCAAAUGAAAGGCGAGACUCCAACAUUUCCAACAACAAAAUCACCGUUCAGGAGAUCGAUAUGGCUAUUUAUUCUAACCCUGAAAUAAAUGAACACAUGGCAGCACCAGCUCCCGCCCCUCCCCCGCUUGGGACGUUACUGUUCGAGAUUCGCCACGACACCUACGAGGAACAACUGAAUAUUCAUUUGAUUGGCGCCCGAAGGCUCCCGGUCAGGCACUUAGUAACCGAGCCAGGCGUAGCCUCGCAUGGCGGCGUCAUUAAAAGUGACCCAAUGGUGGAAAUUUGUCUACUUCCUGAAGAGAAACCUGUCAUUGAAAGUUAUACUCACUUCGGUAUUCAGGAUCCACAGUUCAAUGAACAUGUUUCCUUUAAGCUCACCUCCGCCGAACUGAACGAGAAAACUUUGCGCUUCACUGUAUUUGACAACAAACGGCGACACAGACUUACGCCAAUAGGUCACACGCUGUACUCUCUGAAGGGACAGGAGUUGGAUGGAGCUAUGAUAAUCGAGAGAAAUCUUAAACUUAACUCACAGCCCUAUGGCCACACUCGAGGCGAAAUUUUAUUGUCACUAAACUAUAACCCGGGAAUGAACACAAUCACGGUGGGAAUCACAAAAGCUCGAAACCUGAUACACUUUGAUGCACAUUCAAACAGAGAAUAUCUGGUUAAAAUCACAGAAGUCUUCUCAGGACAUAAAGUAAAAACGAAACGUACUCCCGCCGCAGACGGAGAGAAACACCCAAUUUUCCAUAGCACCCUCUCGUUCCAGGUCCCUAUCCAGCGUCUCAGCCACACAAGCCUGGUGCUGACUCUCGUGGGACGUGGAAAAAUGAGAAGCAACAAGACAGUUGGCCGCGCUAUCUUAGGACCUGGUAUAUAUGAGUGCGAUAGCGAAAGAAGUCACUGGGGGCGAAUGAUCAUAUCACCGCUGAAAAAGGUCGAACAAUGGCAUGCUUUGUAUCUAUAACAUUAGAAAGUGUACGAUGCGUUAUUGUAUAUAAUUACUUUUUACAUAUAAAUCAGGUACUUAUCCAACCAAGGGAUGUUA